CGUCUCCGGCCUCCCCGAGCCAAACAGACCUCGAGGAGGAGACACGUCACGGAAAGGAUGAAAAUGAUCUUCAUCUUUACCCUAAAAGCUGACAAUGUUCAAGGACAAUUCACGUCUCACAAGUUUCUUCUGAUCCUUACCCAAAGACGAAUGGAGAUGGAAUGAUGCCAAAAGUCGUCAGAGAUCGACCAUAAAGAUACAAAUUGACCGUUGAAUGGGAGAAAAAAAGGUGAUAAUCAAUACAAACCACAAGAGACGCUAAAAAAUUCAAUCCGUGGACUUGGCCUAAACAUGCAGGCAAGUGUUUUUGAAUUAGGAACAAUUUCUCAAAAGGGCCAGCAAACCGCAAACCCUGCGAAGAGCUAGAUUGUGGCAUUUCGAAGAAAGAAAGACUCUAACAACCUGGACUUACUUGGUCGGUGACCGAGCCACUAUAUCAAAAAGAACGAGGCAAUCAGGAAAAGCAAACACCACUUCAUGAGGCUCUGGAGUAAACUUUGAGCACAAGUGAUGGAUUUGUCAUUCAGUCUGGAAUUGAGCUUCUCGACGUGAGAUCGAUCCAAAAUCAAAAAUGGUGUGCAAAUCAUCCGGAUGGACUUUGGUUGUCAUAGCACUUUCCUGGACUUUGGUCUGUCAUGCUGAGGAAAGUGGCCGACAAGCCAAGACAUUAUCCAUGUUCCAAGUUGUGCGAUUUCCCAAUGAGCCUUGUUCCGGGGAUGAGGUUCGCAAUGGAACUUGCUACACGGCUGCCGAAUGUGAGGCCAAAGAUGGAACCAAUUCUGGCCCUUGCGCUGGAGGCUUUGGCAUCUGUUGCACAUUUAACCUUGGAUGUGACUCCAUGAGCAAUGAGAACUCCACGUACUUCCAAUCUCCCACCAAAACCAAUGAAGGGACUUGCCGCACGAAAAUUUGCAAGACCAACGAAAAUAUCUGCCAACUCAGAUUGGAUUUCUUUUCCUUCGCCAUUGCCGGUCCCAAACCUCCCACCGACGUCGUGGGAGCCAACUUCCUGGGCGAAGACAUGGCCACCACCGGAAUUUGCGCCAAAGACACCUUUUCCGUAGUCAAUCCAGGAGGCACCACUCCACCCGUUAUUUGCGGCGAAAAUGGAGGCGAACACAUGUACGUGAAUUUCGCUUCGGAAUGCGUGGACCUGAUCUUCGACUUGGGGAGUGGCACGGAUGCUGAGUGGAGUAUCCGAAUUUCGCAAUAUGAUUGCAGCUACGAAAACCUGGCCCCAUCCGGAUGCUUGCAAUAUCUUUUUGGCGAAGAUGAGGGAACUAUCCAAUCGUUCAAUUUCAAGCAAGACCAACACUUGGCUGACCAACGGCAAAAAGUGUGCAUUCGGCGAGAAAUCAAUGAAUGCGAGAUUUGCUACUACUAUGAAACCAAGAAAGAUAUGCGUGUUUCUGGAGCCGGUGACAUCAAUGAUCAAUGUUGCGGUUACGGCGAUGAUGGUAGUGAUGCUAAUGAAGGUGGUGAUUGUCUGAUUAUUCCCUCACUGUUCUACUUCGAUCAAGACGGGGAAAAACUGUUCGCGGAAGAAAGUGAAUUCUGCGGUGCCGACGACAACACUUUCUCCGAUGUCUAUGAUGAAGCCAAGACAGUCUGCAGUCAACGCGUUCCAUUCCAAUUGACCUUUCUCUCAGACACUUAUGAGACUACCGACGAGGCUGAUCCCGACGCUGACGAGCCUCAAAGAGGCUUUCGCAUCAAAUACUUCAUGAAUGGGAACUGCUGAGUGAGCGACUUUCUGGUUCAUAUUGAACUACGACCUCCAGUUCCUGGGUGAAAAAUGUCUAAGCUAGUUUUAGAUGGUUUUUGAAUCCAGCUCCUAUGAUGAAAUAAAUA